AUGGAUUUUCUGGACGUUGUGGAAGUCGUCUCUGCAGUCAUACUGCAACUCAAAGCCCGGUCCUAUGGAGAAUCGUACAUUAUCGACAGGGCGAUAAUUCAGGUAGCGGAGACCAUAAGAAAAGAUCUAGAGCGGAAUAAAUAUUUCCUCAUCAAUGGUGAAGUUGAGAAGUUGUUGGAAAAUCUUCUUGCUGCUGUUUACAAGAUGGAGGAUUUUGCUGAAACGGUUGUCCCGCGAAGAAUGCAUGAAAGGAGAAUGGGCUUCGGUCGGAGGUACAUUUUCAUCCUUCGUCAGAUAUUGAAUUUGAAGGCUAGAGUAGACUUUGCAAGUGAGAUGAAGAAGAUCGUAUCCGAGAUUAAUCAUGCUAUUGACGAAUUAGGUGUGAGCAGACAAAGCCAUCCACGUGAAGAAUCAGACGUCAUUGGCUCGGAAGAGGAGAAGGGAAAGAUGGUGACCUGGCUAACUGACACUAAUUCCUGCCCAAAUCUUGGGUUCAUCUUAAUCUCAGGCCAAUCUGGCUCCGGCCAGACUACACUUGCAACGAAAAUAUAUAAGAGUCGCGAGAUUGAGCGUCAUUUUGAAUUUCGCGCAUGGGUUUCUGCCUCUGACGACCAUGUAUCCAAUCUCCGGAGCAUUUUGCAGAAGAUUACUGAAGAUUCAAUGGUGGUUGAUAUGGAAUCUACCGAAAGAGAAUCAAUGGAAAAGAAGAUCUGUGAGAUUUUGCAUAAGAAACGGUGGCUGAUAGUGGUCGAUAAUGUGCAAAACCCAAAUCUUUUCAAGACUAGACCAGGUUCUGCCUUAUCAGACGUAGGUGAUGGUAGCAGGAGCAGGGUGAUAAUGACAAUGACAACGACUUCUGAGAACGAAUGCCUCAUCAAGGGCUUUAUGGAUGGAUAUCAAAGUUUAUGUUAUGAGCUCCAGCCGUUACAGGACGAGGACGCAUGGCAUUUGUUCUUGAAAAAGGUACGCUUAUUACCAGAUAAUGUUGAGUCCUCUGAUAUAGAUAAGCUCAAAAGAAAAGUUCUUGCGAAAUGCGAAGGCAUACCUUCGGCAAUCCUGGUGCUUGGUCGUUUUCUGUCCACAAAAAAGUGCUACGAAGAAUGGUUGGCAGUUCUUGAGCACUGGGACUCAAAAAUCUUCGCCUUGAUGAAUAGUGAGCAGCUUUCCGGGUCGAGGCCUUGCCUGCUUUAUUUUGGGCUUUUCCCAAAAGGAUACGAAAUUCCAGUGAGAAGGUUAUUGCGUUUAUGGCUUGCAGAAGGGCUAAUUGUAACUGAUAAUCGGAAUCCGGAGGAAAUUGCUCAAGGGAUUCUGACAAAUUUUAAAAACAAAGGGUUGAUUGAAAUAGUAAAAAGGAGAAAAGAUCGGAGUGCCAAAACAUGCCGUAUGACUGGCAUCCUAUAUGAUUUCUGCUUGUCAAAAGCUGAAGAUAUAUUUGGCCUUCUCCACAUCCACCCAACUGCGCCAGAUGACGAAAGUAGUGAUGCAUCUCCCAAGUUUGGUGUUCGCAGUGUUGCUGAUCAUUGUGACAUCAAAAACUAUUCCCGUAAAUACUCGCACAUGCAACAUCUGCGCUCUUACUUGUCCUUCAACAUUCAAAAGAAAGAUACGCCCGUGGUGGGAAUAGGAAACUUUCUCAGUGAAGUCAUUGGUCAUCGAGGCUUUGGAUUGCUCAAGGUGCUUGAUCUAGAACGUGUUUACAAACCUACAUUGCCCCAAAAUCUGGGGCAACUCUAUCUCUUAAGGUACUUGGGUUUAAGAUGGACCUUCUUGGAUACGAUUCCCCACUCUGUUAGUGAGCUGCGCUACCUUGAAACCUUGGAUGUGAAGCACACCUAUAUCAGCUCUCUACCCAAUUCUAUUUGGAAGAUGGAAGACCUGCGGCAUUUGUGUCUUAAUGAAAUACGCCUUGACAUGGAAAAUCGCAACAAUAUUUCUCUUACUAAGCUCCAGACGCUGUGGGGAUUAUUUGUGGACAACAAUAGUCCAGUGGAGAAUGGUUUGGAUAGAUCAAUCAAUCUCAGGAAAUUGGGUCUAACAUUUCAUUUAGAUCAUGACUCCGUUGACAAAUUAAAUGCGUGGAUUGCACACCUCGAAGGGCUUGAAUCUCUGAGGUUAAGAUCCAAGGACGAGGAUGGUCGACCUUCAAAGCUUGAAUUAAAGCCUCUAUCAAGCCUAAAGAAUCUCACCAACCUGUAUUUGCUUGGAAACUUACCGGAGCUACAUAGUGAGUACUUUCCUCAAAGUAUUAAAGUUCUUACUUUGUCCGUAUCAAAGCUGGAAAAAGAUCCCAUGCCAAUCCUUGCGAGGCUGCCAAAGCUUUCUGUCCUUCAGCUAUUGGCCGAUUCCUACAAUGGGAAGGAAAUGGUGUACCCGAAUGGCGGCUUCCAAUCACUAAAAAGUUUGAAGCUCUGGAUGCUCAAGGAAUUGGAGACAUGGACAAUGGAGCAAGGAGCAAUGCAGAAUUUGGAAGAAUUGGAAAUCCGAUGCUGCCACAAGCUGAAGGAAAUUCCCAUAAUAAAUCGGAACAGCAUUGGCAAAAUAAUUUUAACGAACAUGCAAGAGGAAUUUGUAGUUAAUGUUCGAGCCAAAUUUCCCAAGGAAAUCCUCGAAACUCCACCGCCAUUGCCAGUACGAUGUGAUCAUUGUCGGGAUGUGAAGCAGACACAACAGAACAGUUCCACCACCGGUGACGCAUAGCAAGAAACAGUGCUAUUACUGGUGUUGAGCUCUCAAGUAUCCGUCUUCUGAUGCAUGUCAUUAAUUCCAUGUUGAGAGAUCAAGUAACCAUAAUUACUAAUUUGUUGUGUAUUUUUAAAGUCAUUCCUCUGAUGUUGGCAUAAUUUGUGUUUCUGUUUGAAUUUGAUCUCUAUGUUAUGGAGUAAUGUAAUAGUUGAAGAUGCAAACAUUUAUGUAAUCUCUUAUGGAUCUAUUCAUCAAAAAUCUCGAUGUUAUGGAUCUCUCUGUGUGACCGAUGCAGACAUUUGGGUUCCAUUUCUAUAUAUGAUUGAAGUAUGAGAUUUUGUGG